CUGAGCGGCAUCGGCGGCAGCGGCCGCACCGCGCCAUGGGCGCUCCGCCCGCCCGCGGGGCCGCGCUGCUGCUGCGGGCUGUGAUGGUGCUGCUGCUCAUGGCCGAGCCGGGACGGCCCCGCAGCACCGGCACCGGCACCGGCACCGGCACCGGCACCUGCCCGCCCGCAGCUCUGACCGCGCACCGCGGCGUCGGGGACGGAGACGGAGCGCGGCCGCCCCCGCUCGCGUCCAGCGGCACCGGGGACAGCGGCGGUGGGAGCGCGGGGGGGUCCCGCGGCACCGAGAGCGGCGGUACCGGCACCUGCGGCGGUGCACGAGGCCACGGAGGCACCGGGAGCACCGAGCGCGCCGCGCGUGACGCAGACGGCGGGGCUACAAACGGCACCGGGAGCACAAUGAGCCGCGGCACCGGGGAAAAAGGCGGAACAAGGAGCCGCGGAGGCACCGGGAGCGGCGGGGAGAGCGGCGGGGCACGAGGCCGCGGAGCGACCGUGAGCACGGCGGGCACCGGCAGCGCGAGCGGCACCGGGGAGAGCGGCGGCACCGGCACUCGUGGCCGCGCUUAUGGCUAUGGAGGCACCGGCAGCGCCGAGCGCACGGCACGCACUGCGGGCACACGGGGCUCUCAGCUCCCCGCAGGCUUCGGGAGCACCGGGAGCGCCGCCCGCCGCCGCCGCAGCCCCAACACCGCGCCGCAGUUCCAGCCCUCCAGCUACCAGGCGGCCGUACCGGAGAACCGCCCGGCGGGGACGGCGGUGACGCAGGUAACGGCGACCGACCCCGACGCGGGCGAUGCGGGCCGGCUGCGCUACGCCAUGGCCGCGCUGUUCGACAGCCGCUCCGACGCGCUCUUCAACAUCGACCCCGAAACCGGAGCCGUCAGCACGGCCGCUCCGCUGGACCGCGAGAGCAAAAGCACCCACGUGUUCCGCGUGACCGCGGCGGAUCACGGCACGCCACGGCGCAGCGCCAUGGCCACGCUGACGGUGACGGUGAGCGACGCCAACGACCACGACCCCGUGUUCGAGCAGCCCGAGUACCGGGAGAGCAUCCGCGAGAACCUGGAGGUGGGCUACGAGGUGCUGACCAUCCGCGCCACCGACGGCGAUGCCGGCCCCAACGCCAACGUGCUGUACCGGCUGCUGAACGCCGGCGGCGACAACGAGGUGUUCGAGAUCGACCCGCGAUCCGGCGUCAUCCGCACCCGCGGCCCCGUGGACCGUGAGGCCGUGGAGGCGUUUGAGCUGCUGGUGGAGGCCACGGAUCAGGGUCAGGAGCCGGGACCGCGCAGCUCCACGGCCACGGUGCGUAUUGCAGUGGAGGACGACAACGACAACGCGCCACAGUUCAGCCAGAAGCGCUACGUGGUGCAGGUCCCCGAGGACGUGGCGCCCAACACGGCCGUGCUGAGCGUGACGGCCACCGACCGCGACAAGGGCAGCAACGCCGCCGUGCACUACAGCAUCGUCAGCGGCAACACGCGCGGGCACUUCUACAUCGACGCUCAGACCGGAGCUCUGGACGUGGUGACCCCGCUGGACUACGAGGCCAACAAGGAGUUCACGCUGCGGAUCCGUGCGCAGGACGGCGGCCGGCCACCGCUGUCCAACAUCAGCGGUUUGGUCACUGUGCAGGUGUUGGACGUCAAUGACAACGCGCCCAUCUUUGUCAGCACGCCGUUCCAGGCCACCGUGCUGGAGAACGUCCCCCUGGGUUACUCCGUCAUCCACGUUCAAGCCAUCGAUGCUGAUUCAGGGGACAACGCUCGCCUGGCUUACACCCUCCUGGAGGCCGGUGCCGGGUUCCCCUUCGCCAUCAACAACAGCACCGGGUGGAUCGUGGUGGCCUCCGAGCUGGACCGGGAAGCAGUAGACUUCUACAGCUUCGGGGUGGAGGCGCAGGAUCACGGCAGCCCCCCCAUGGCGUCCUCUGCCAGCGUCAGCGUCACCAUCCUGGACGUCAACGACAACAGCCCCGAGUUCACGCAGCGCGAAUACAGCGCCCGCCUCAAUGAGGACGCGGCCGUGGGCAGCAGCGUGCUCACCGUCUCCGCCGUCGACCGGGACGCCAACAGUGCCAUCACCUACCAGAUCACCAGCGGCAACACCCGGAACCGCUUCUCCAUCACCAGCCAGAGUGGUGGGGGGCUCCUCUCGCUCGCCCUGCCGCUGGACUACAAGCUGGAGCGGCACUACGUGCUCACCGUCGCCGCCUCUGAUGGCACACGACAGGACACGGCGCAGGUGGUGGUCAACGUCACCGACGCCAACACGCACCGCCCCGUCUUCCAGAGCUCACACUACACCGUCAACGUCAACGAGGACCGCCCGGUGGGCACCACGGUGGUGGUCAUCAGCGCCACGGAUGAGGACACGGGGGAGAAUGCCCGCAUCACCUACCUGAUGGAUGACAACAUCCCUCAGUUCCGCAUUGACCCUGACACUGGCACCAUCACCACGCUGAUGGAGCUGGACUACGAGGACCAGGUCACCUACACGUUGGCUAUCACAGCCAAAGACAACGGGAUCCCCCAGAAAGCAGACACUACCUACCUGGAGAUCCUGGUGAGCGACGUCAACGACAACGCGCCCCAGUUCCUCCGCGACUCCUACCAGGGCUCUGUCUAUGAGGACGUCCCCGCCUUCACCAGCGUCCUACAGGUCUCAGCCACCGACCGUGACUCGGGGCUCAAUGGACGAGUCUUCUACACCUUCCAGGGUGGUGAUGAUGGUGAUGGUGACUUCAUCAUCGAAUCCACCUCAGGCAUCGUGCGCACUUUGCGCCGCCUGGACCGGGAGAACGUGCCUCUCUACGCCCUGCGGGCUUAUGCUGUUGACAAGGGCGUGCCAGCCAGGCGGACGCCGGUGGAUAUCCAGGUGACUGUGCUGGACAUCAAUGACAAUCCCCCUGUCUUUGAGAAGGAUGAGUUUGACAUCUUUGUGGAGGAGAACAGCCCCAUUGGGCUGGUGGUGGCCCGAAUCAGCGCAGCCGACCCUGAUGAGGGAACCAACGCGCAGAUCAUGUACCAGAUAGUGGAGGGCAACAUCCCCGAGGUCUUCCAGUUGGACAUCUUCUCUGGAGAGCUCACUGCCUUGGCCGACCUGGACUACGAGGCCAAAGCAGAGUAUGUCAUGGUGGUACAGGCCACCUCGGCCCCUCUGGUGAGCCGUGCCACCGUCCAUGUGCGUCUGCGUGAUGCCAACGACAACAGCCCCCAGCUGAGGAACUUUGAGAUCGUCUUCAACAACUACAUCACCAACCGUUCAGGCAGUUUUCCUGGUGGGGUCAUUGGACGGAUCCCAGCCCGCGACCCCGACGUCUCUGACAGCCUCACCUACUCCUUUGAGCAAGGCAAUGAGCUCAACCUGGUGCUGCUGGACCCGCACACCGGGGAUCUACGCCUCAGCCCGGCACUGGACAACAACCGUCCUCUGGAGGCCAUCAUGAGGGUCUCGGUGUCAGACGGCGUCCACAGCGUUACGGCUGUCUGCACCCUGCGCGUCACCAUCAUCACGGACGACAUGCUCACCAACAGCAUCACGGUGCGCCUGGAGAACAUGUGGCAGGAGCGCUUCCUCUCCCCUCUGCUCAGCCUCUUCCUGGAAGGGGUGGCAGCAGUGCUGGCCGCCCCCCGGCACCGCGUGGUCCUCUUCAACAUCCAGACCGACACGGAUGUGGCGGCCGCUCGCAUCCUCAACGUCAGCCUGUCGGUUCGGCUCCCGGCCUCAACACGCGGCGCCCGCUUCUUCUCCUCGGAGGAGCUGCAGGAGAGGCUGUACCUGAACCGCUCGCUGCUGGCCGCCAUCUCAGCACAGCGCGUGCUGCCCUUUGACGACAACAUCUGCCUGCGGGAGCCCUGUGAGAACUACAUGAAGUGUGUCUCCGUCCUCAAGUUCGACAGCUCGGCGCCCUUCAGCUCCAACACUGUCCUGUUCCGCCCCAUCCAUCCCAUCACUGGCCUGCGGUGCCGCUGCCCGCCUGGCUUCACUGGUGACUAUUGUGAGACCGAGGUGGAUCUCUGCUUCUCCAGCCCCUGCGGCAGCAAUGGGCGCUGCCGGAGCCACGAGGGAGGAUACACCUGCGAGUGCCAUGAGGAUUUCACUGGGGAGCACUGUGAGCUCAGCACCCGCCGUGGCCGCUGUGCACCGGGGGUCUGCCGCAACGGGGGCACCUGCGUCAACCUGCUGGUGGGGGGGUUCCGCUGCGAGUGCCCCCCCGGGCACUAUGAGAAGCCUUUCUGCUCCAUGAGCACCCGCAGCUUCCCCCCAAGAUCCUUCAUCACCUUCCGGGGCCUCCGGCAGCGCUUCCACUUCACCCUUACCCUGACGUUCGCCACCAAGGAGCGGGACGCGCUGCUGCUCUACAACGGGCGCUUCAAUGAGAAACACGACUUUGUGGCGCUGGAGAUCGUCCAGGAGCAGAUCCAGCUCACCUUCUCUGCAGGGGAGACGACCACGACGGUGGCACCAUUUGUUCCUGGAGGGGUCAGUGAUGGGCAAUGGCAUUCGGUCCAGGUGCAGUACUACAAUAAGCCCGUGCUGGGCAAGUCAGGGCUGCCUCAGGGCCCGUCGGAGCAGAAGGUGGCGGUGGUGGCGGUGGACGACUGCGACGUGGGGAUGGCACUGAAGUUCGGCCCCGUGCUGGGCAACUACUCGUGUGCGGCACAGGGCACCCAGUCCGGCUCCAAGAAGUCGCUGGAUCUGACGGGGCCGCUGCUGCUGGGCGGUGUGCCCACCCUGCCCGAGAGCUUCCCCAUCCGCAGCCGACACUUCGUGGGCUGCAUGCGGCACCUGCGCGUGGACGAGCGCCCCGUGGACAUGGCCGCCUUCAUCGCCAACAACGGCACCGUGCCAGGCUGCCCUGCCAAGAAGACGGUGUGUGAUGCCGGCACGUGCCACAACGGGGGCACCUGUGUGCACGAGUGGGAUGGCUUCAGCUGCCGCUGCCCGCUAGGCUUCGGGGGCAAGACGUGCCAGGAAGAGAUGGCGGAUCCGCAGCGGUUCCUGGGCAGCAGCCUGGUGCUGUGGAAUGGGCUGGCGCUGCCACUAACCCUGCCCUGGCACCUGGGGCUGAUGUUCCGCACGCGCCAACCCCAAGGGCUGCUGCUGAGCGCCUCCGCUGGGCCCGUGGCCACCUUCACACUGCAGCUGAGUGAGGGGCAGGUGGAGGCGGGCAUGUGGCAGGGGGGGUCCCGCCUGGCCCUGCUGCGUCUGCCCCACGCGCGGGUCAACGACGGCGCCUGGCACCACAUCCAGCUGGAGCUGCGGGGGGAUCCCGGCCGUGCGCCCCCCAUCACCCUGCUGCUCCUCGCCCUCGACUACGGCCGCCACCAGGCGACAGCCGACGUGGCCGGGGGGCUGCAGGGGCUGCGGCUGCGAGCGCUGAGCGUCGGGGGGCUGCAGGGGGACGGCGGGCAGGUGGAGCAGGGCUUCCGUGGCUGCGUGCAGGGUGUGCGCGUGGGGACAACGGGCAGCGCGGUGACGCUGGAGGUGGCGACGGCUGCGCGGGUGAACGUGGAGGGGGGCUGUGCUCUGCCCGACCCCUGCGACUCGGGGCCGUGCCCACCCCACAGCUACUGCAGUGACGACUGGGACAGCUUCUCCUGCAGCUGCCACCCGGGUUACUUCGGUGACAGCUGCAUCAGCGCCUGCGCCCUGGACCCCUGUGAGCACCGGGGCAGCUGUGUGCGCAGAGCUGGUGCUCCCCAUGGCUACGCCUGUGAGUGUCCCCAGGGCUACUUCGGGCCCUACUGCGAGCACAGGGUGGACCAGCCGUGCCCACGGGGCUGGUGGGGACACCCCACCUGCGGCCCCUGCAGCUGUGAUGUGACCAAGGGCUUCGACCCCGACUGCAACAAGACAACGGGCGAGUGUCGCUGCAAGGAGAACCACUACCGCCCUGUGGGCAGUGACACCUGCCUGCUGUGUGACUGCUACCCCACCGGGUCCCUGUCGCGCCUCUGCGAUGCCACCAGCGGGCAGUGUCCCUGCAAGCCUGGUGUCAUCGGGCGGCACUGCGACCGCUGCGACAACCCCUUCGCCGAGGUGACGGUCAGCGGCUGUGAAGUCAACUAUGACAGCUGUCCCCGUGCCAUCGAGGCCAGCAUCUGGUGGCCCAGGACACGCUUUGGGCUGCCUGCAGCGGCGCCGUGCCCCAAGGGCUCCAUUGGCACAGCCGUGCGUCACUGCGACGAGCACAAGGGCUGGCUGCCCCCCAACCUCUUCAACUGCACGUCGUUGGCCUUCGCCGCUCUCAAAGGCUUCGCAGAGCGCCUGGUGCGCAACGAGUCGGUGCUGGACACGGCGCAGUCGCAGCGGGUGGCUCUGCAGCUGCACAACGCCACGAGACACACGGCCGCUUAUUUCGGCAGCGAUGUGCGCCUGGCGUAUCGGCUGGCAGCGCGGCUGCUGCAGCACGAGAGCAACCAGAGGGGGUUCCGAUUGGCGGCCACGCAGGACGUCCACUUCACCGAGAACCUACUGCGUGUGGGCAGUGCGCUGCUGGAUGCCAGCAACAAGCGGCACUGGGAGCUGAUCCAGCAGACGGAGGGCGGCACGGCGAUGCUGCUGAAGCACUUUGAGGACUACGCCAGCGCCCUGGCACAGAACAUGCGGCAGACCUACCUCAGCCCCUUCACCAUCGUCACCCCCAACAUCGUGGUGUCAGUGGUGCGGUUGGACAAGGGCAGCUUUGCGGGUGCACGGCUGCCACGUUAUGAGGCUCUGAGAGGGGAGAAGCCCCCAGACCUGGAGACCACCGUUAUUCUACCUGAGAGCGUCUUCCGGCCCCCAGAGGGCAGGCGCCCCGCUGCCGGGCACGGGAAGGCAUCGCCAAGCACAGGUGGGCAGCAGCAGCAGCAGGAGAUGGAGGAGGAGGAGGAUGAUGAUGAAGAGGCUGCAGGGGACGAGGAGGAGGACGAGGUGACCCUGGUGACCAGGCACAAGCGGCACCCGGAGCCCGGGGAGGGUCAGGCCAUCGCCAGCGUCAUCAUCUACCGCACGUUGGCAGGGCUGCUGCCCGAGCAGUACGACACUGACAAGCGCAGCCUCAGGGUGCCCAAGCGACCCAUCAUCAACACGCCGGUGGUGAGCAUCAGUGUGCACGCUGCAGGACGGGCACCCAGAGCCCUGGAGAAACCCAUCACGCUGCAGUUCCGGCUGCUGGAAACACAGGAGCGCUCCAAACCCAUCUGUGUCUUCUGGAACCACUCGCUGCUGGCAGGCGGUGCGGGCGGCUGGUCGGCGCGGGGCUGCGAGGUGGUGUUCAGGAACCAGAGCCACGUCAGCUGCCAGUGCAACCAUUUGACCAGCUUUGCUGUCCUGAUGGACAUUUCAAAACGGGAGAACGGGGAGAUCCUCCCGCUGGCGGCGCUGACCUACGUGUCGCUGGGGGUGGCUGUGGCCGGGCUGCUGCUGGCCGUGCUGCUGCUGAGCGCCCUGUGGGGGCUGCGCUCCAACCGACACAGCAUCCGGCGGCACGGGGCCUGCGCCAUGAUGCUGGCACAGCUCGUCUUCCUGCUGGGCAUCAACCAGGCCGAGCUGCCGUUGCUGUGCACGGUGGUGGCCAUCCUGCUGCAGUUCCUGCACCUCAGUGCUGUGGGUUGGGCGCUGCUGGAGGCGCUGCACCUCUACCGGCGUCGCACCGAACCCCGGCACGUGGAUCGCGGCCCCAUGCGCUUCUACCACGUGUUGGGCUGGGGGCUGCCCGCGUUCAUCACCGGGCUGGCGGUGGGGCUGGACCCCGAGGGAUACGGGAACCCCGACUUCUGCUGGCUCUCCAUCCAUGACAGCCUGGUGUGGAGCCUGGCCGGGCCCAGCGCCUGCGCCGUGGCGGUCGGUGUCUUCUUCCUCGUGCUGACAGCCAGGGCGUCCUGUGCCACCUCCCAGGGCUUUGAGAAGAAGGGCACGAGCUCUGGGCUGCAGACAGCGCUGGUGGUGCUGGUCCUGCCCAGCCUGGCCUGGUUGCUCGCCCUGCUUGCUGUCAACAGCGAUGCCAUCCUCUUCCACUACCUCUUCGCCAUCUCCAACUGCCUCCAGGGCCCCCUGUUCUUCCUGGUGUGUGUGGUGCUGAGCCGGGAGGUGCGGCACUGCCUGCGCUCUGCCUGCACCCGCACCCACAGCCCUGACCCCACGUUGGCCACCAAAUCCACACUGACCACCGCCUACAGCUGUGACACCACGUACGUGGCCGGCCGGCUGUACCAGGCGCCCUGCGGGGACUCCACGGGAUCGCUGCACAGCGCGGCCAAAAGCCAGCACAGCUACAUCCCCUUCGUGCGCAGGGAGGACGCGGAGCUGAACGGCAGCCGGGUGCCGGCGGAGCAGGGGGGGCUCCUGGACACGGCGGAUGCUCAGCACGAGCACGACACCGACUCCGACAGCGACCUGUCCCUGGAGGAGGAUCCCAGCGGCUCGUACGGCUCCACUCACUCCUCGGACAGCGAGGACGAGCCCGGCGGUACCGCGUGGGACGCGCUGCUGCGCCCCGAGCAGCCGCCAACACCCACCGGUGACAGCGCCCCAACGCGGCCCUAUUGGCCCGGGGAGUUCGUGACCACGGCCAGCGAGAGCGACGGGCACGGAGGGACCGAACCGCUGCGAGUGGAGCCGGUACCGGGCGGUGAGGGACCCCCCCGGCUGCCCCCAAUGCUGCCCCUCCCUCACCCACACAAAGGCAUCCUAAAGAAGCGGGGUUUGCCUCCUAUCUGCGAGCGCGGCGCUGCCCCGCGACCCCCCCCGCCCCCAGCCGGCACUGCAGCCUCCUCCGGGAGCGACGGCAGCCAGCGGGGGGGGCCGGGGGGGCCGCGACCCCGGCAGAGCCUCCAGGAACAGCUGAGCGGAGCGGCGCCCAUCGCCAUGAGCAUCAAGGCCGGCACCGUGGAUGAGGAUUCAUCCGGCUCCGAAUUUCUGUUUUUUAAUUUCCUUCAUUAACACGUGGGGUGUUUUUUUUUUGGGGGGGGGGGCUGCUCUCCCCUCCCCCCACCCUCUCCAUCUCUGUCUGUCUGGGUGGGCGCUGGGGGCACCCACAGCCCCCGCCCCCCCCUGUGAUCACGCAUCCGUCUGUCUCGUUUUACCCCCCCCCCCCUUUGUGCCCACCCUCCUGGCAGGAGCGACGAGACCUCCAUCUAACAGGGACCACCACCAACAGGGAUGGGGGGGGAAAUGGGGGGGUGGGCAGAGGGUGGGACAGGGUGGGGGGCACACAGCCCCUAUUGCACUUUGGACCCUGCAGCCA